CUGCAACACAUUUCGACGACCGCAUUUUGAGUUGUUGGAUACAGCUUGGCACAUUGGCUCCCACCAGACGGCACAACACCCGGCAUCGUUUUUGCCCCGCGAACCAUUUCCCCAUUUCUCUGAGCAGCGCGCUACUGCAGGUCUAUUCAUGGCGUCCGAGGACUCCGAGUGCCGCGUUGUCGCGAUAUCUGCGGGCGCCAGUCACACCGUCGCCCUUCUCUCGGACGACCGCGUGUGCGCGUGGGGGCGCGGGGAGGACGGGCAGCUGGGGCUGGGCAGCGCGGAGGAGCAGCUCGAGCCGGCGGAGGUGGCGGCGCUGGCGGGCAAGCGCGUGUCGGCGCUGGCGUGCGGCGCGGACCACACGACGGCGUACUCGCACGACACGCUCACGCUGUGGAGCUGGGGGUGGGGCGACUUCGGGCGGCUGGGGCACGGGCAUUCGUCGGACGUGUUUGUGCCGCACGCGGUGGCGUCGCUGUGCGGGGUGCCCAUCAAGCACAUCGCGUGCGGCGACUGCCACUGCAUCGCCGUCACUGCUGACGGCAAGGCCUUCAGUUGGGGGCGCAACCAGAACGGGCAGCUGGGGCUGGGCACGCUGGACGACGCCCUCGUGCCAACUGAGAUCACCGCCCUCGCUGGCAUGCCGCUGCGGAUGGUGGCGGCGGGUGCGGAGCACACAGCGGCGGCAGCAGAGGAUGGGCGGCUGUACGGGUGGGGGUGGGGGCGCUACGGCAACCUGGGGCUGGGGGACCGCCACGACAGGAAGUUGCCGCAGCAAGUCACGGCCAUCGAGUCGGAGCGCAUAGCACAGGUGGCAUGUGGGUGGCGGCACACGAUAGUAGUGAACGGCGAGGGGCGCGUGUUCACGUUCGGGUGGAGCAAGUACGGGCAGCUUGGGCAGGGCGACUUCAAGGACCACCUCACGCCCUCGCCCGUGCCCGCCCUGGAGGACAAAUGCAUCGUGCAGGUGUCAGGAGGGUGGCGCCACUCUGUGGCUCUGGAUGGUGAUGGCGUCGUGUAUGCGUGGGGGUGGAACAGAUUUGGGCAGGUGGGAAUCGGAAACUCCGAGGACCAGUGCACGCCGCAGCGUAUAGAGAGCAUUCCCGAGCGCGUGGCGGCGGUGUCGUGUGGGUGGCGGCACACGGUGGUGCUGAGUGAAGGCGGCAACGUUUUCUCGUGGGGGCGGGCCACCAGCGGGCAGCUGGGGCACGGGGAUACCAUCGACAGGAACCUGCCAAAGCGUGUGGAGGCAAUCAGUGUGGAUGGCGACAGGUGUUGCAACAUCAGCGGGGGGGCUGGCAGGAGGGAUGUGGCAGCGGCGGCGCAUGCGGAGGUGCCGGAUGCCGCUGCCUCGUGGGUGCCACCGGCCGAGCGAUACGCCGUCGUGCCGGGGGAGAAGGCGGGUGAGGACGAUGCCAGUGUGCCCGAUGCUGAUGCCAAACGAUUCAAGGCUUGAUCCGGGGUGACCACCAGUAACCUAGCCAGCAGAUCGUCUCUCCACAUGCACUAGUCUCUUCCUGGUGUCUUUCCUAUCUUGCUAUCCACUAACGUCAGUCAGUAGGUGCAUUCAUCACAUGCGAGCUUGCUUUGAUCUCUGGGAAGAAGCCAGGGCUCCGAGUUGACAGGCCGGAGGCAGAAUACCUACCAGCACCCCACUUGCAGCUGCGUUUUUCACUUGGACCUAGUGAAUAAAGAUGCCAGGUACAG